GCGGGUCCCGCCGCGCUCUGACUGGUGGAGCCGCGCGCCCUGCGCGUGCCCUUGCUCGGGCCCCAGGACCGGCUACUGCACGGCAGGGGCCUUGUGCGGGGUCGCGCGAUCAUCAGGCUGCCGGGUGCCGCUCCCCGUAGUCCCUGGCCGAGCCGUGCUGUCUCCGCGACGUCGGUGGGGCAUGUUCUCCAGGACGCAGGUGAGGCGGGUCCUGCAGCGGGUGCCCGGGAAGCAGCGCCUCGGCGUCUACAGGUUCCUGCCCUUCUUCUUCGUCCUGGGAGGCACGAUGGAGUGGAUCAUGAUUAAAGUGCGCGUGGGCCACGAGACCUUCUACGACGUUUACCGGAGGAAAGCCUCAGAAAGACGGUACCAGAGAAGGCUGGACGCAGCAGCAGAGACCGAGCCGCAGCGGGCAAUAAAGUGAAUAUGAAGUUUUACUGCUGGUCUCAACUCCUUUAAAAAUACUUUUCAGGUCCCUUGUUCUUACUCAGAACUGCCUUUACAAAGAAUGUUUAUCGUUUCCGUCUCUGCUUGAAUACAAAUACCUCCCCAGACAUGGGUGGACAGCACCUGUGGGAAAAUAAUUUCCUCUUAAGACACCCCCACCCAUUGAAUCUAGUCCAUGAAAUAUUUCUUAAAUGAUUCAAGGAUCCAUCAGGACGCUUUUCAGUGCUGCUUGAAUUGUUAGUGACAUCCUGUUUCAGGCAACAAAUGAUAACCUUGUUUACGUUUCUUCAUGGACAUGAGAGUAAGCUCUAUUGCAGGGUCAUUUAAACCAGGAUAAUGAUGCAGAUCACAUUUCUGCCGGCUGCCAAUCUGCGAGCAUUUUGCUGGGGUGGUGGGAAUCCCUCGCUGCCCAACACUGCUCCUGCUAAGUGCCCCUGUGAGCAGAAGCGACUCCUUCCCUUGCCUGGCUCUGCUGACAGGCAGGGCUGGGCCUCCGUGGGGACUGGAGGCUGACAGACACUGUGCUGAGGACGCUCUCAUCCACUGCUCCCUGAGACGGGGGAAGCGCACAGUGGCAGUGACCACUGACUGCAGCUGAAUCAGAGGCUCAAUCUGCUGGGAAAUAGACUAUCUGCAGUUUGGCCCAGAGUACGUUUGGGCCAGCUGGUAGAAAAGCAAAGGCUUUUGAAAAAAUCCACGCUUGGACAACCACAUCCAACACCUAUUCAAACCACGUGGUGGUCUACAUAUUCAAGAUUUAAGUUUCAAGA